GCGGCAGUGAUGCCUAUUACGCAUGUUUGUUUAAUUCCUUGCCAAUCCAUGUUUCUUCAUUUGGAGCGAAAUUCAAUUCAAUGGAUUUAACAAAGACAUGGAAAUUAGUGCAUUUAUUCACAAACUUUACAAACACCUGGGAUUGAUCUUUCUGUUAGUUGUUAUAAAAGUUUCAGGUGAGCUGUUUCAAAGGCAUCUCCAAACAACCUUUGCACCAGAACGAAAAAAUCACGUGACAGUAUAUAAAGGAGAAACAGCUGUUCUUACAUGUGCAAUUCGAAAUUUGGGUCCAAAGACAGUUGCUUGGCGCAAGGUUUCGGAAGACUUCCCAAUAUCUGUUGGCAAAAUGAUGUAUGCUCCAAAUGAUGAAAUGAGCAUAGAUUACCAGCAGAUUGGUCACGUGACUCAUGUUAAUCUAGUGAUUAAAAAGACCCUUCCAUCACAUUCCGGCAAAUAUGAAUGUCAACUAAUUUCAUCGGAAAUUCAACUUCAUCAUGUGACUCUUACUGUUCUUAAGAAACGUCCUGUGUUUAAGCAGUCUAUAUUACUAGACGGAUCAGUGUACCUAAGUCCAAAACAACGACUAAAUUUAACUUGUAAUGCUACUGGCUCAAGCCGUGCUCCUGAAUUCAUAGACUGGUUUCAUGAUGGAAAUCUCAUCGAUGAGCGAAAAGUACAUUGGAGAAACAGAGCAGUGAUAUUUAAUUUUAAACCGGAAGUACCUGGACGUUCACUUAUUAGUCAGUUGACAAUUGAACAUGUUCAACCGAAAGAUGCAGGUGUAUACGUAUGUCGUAGUAUGACCCCAAGUGUAAACAGUGGCGUUGAUACUACAAGUAUUACUGUACAUAUUUUAAAUGCAGAAAAGGAUCACAUGAAAAAAAGAGAAGGUGGACAAACAAAGGUAGCAAAUGAACUGAUAAAAGGCGACAAGAACAGGACAUUCAAGAUAAGGGGAUGCUACCAUCUUGUGCUACUUGCUAUAAUUUUUCAGAUAUUUAGCUGACGUGUUUGAAUAGAAUAAACAGUUUUGUGCCUUAUGAGGAGAAAGCUUUUCAAAACAUGUUUUGCGGUACAAAAAGAGAAAACAAUUUGCUAAUUGAAGUUGUUUUAGUGCCAUCACAUAAAUAAAACAAAUAAGAAAAUCAGCAACACGCAUUUGAAAGACCAGGUUUGGAAUUGUUUGAAUAAGAUGAUUCGUACUGCUUAAUUUAUCUGUCGAGUUCUGUUUAUUACUAUAGUCUACUGUUUUAGCAUUCCAUUAAUAGAAAUGAUGGUCAGGAUUCGGAGAUUACAUUGUAAUUGAUGAUUGGAUCAAUAUGCUACAUUUUGUACUUCAAAAGCGUUUCAAAGCCAUUUUCUGCUGUCAAUGUUUAUGUUUUAAAGUAGAUUAUUUGAUAAUGUGUUUAUACAUACAAUGAAAAUUAAACAUUGAUAGAAGUUGUAGCCAGUUUAAAUGGAACGAAUUGAAAGGUACCAUUGGCAUUCUUUAUACUCUUCAACAUUUGUAACUAUUUGAUGGAAAAAAUUUCAAAGGAAGUUGUUUUCUAUAAGUGUAUUACAGUUUUGUUAGCGGAAAUCGAUCACUUGCUUGAAAAAGAAAUUAUUCGUUAUGCUUCUUUUAAUAAACACUUUAUUGAAUACUGAAUUUAAAUGUGAGUUCAAUGUUUUGCCAAGACUAUAUAGUAACGAAUUGUAUCCAUUUUGUAUAUAGAUAUAU